UACACGUGAACUUGGGUACUAUUUCGCAAUAUAUUAGUAUCAGCAGGUCCUGAGUUGGAUUAUACUAUCUGGCUGGGGCCUUUCUGUGUGGAGUUGGCAUGUUCUCCCCGGGUUUUUGAGGGUUCUCUCUGGAUACUCUGGCUUCCUCACACAGUCCAAAGACAUGCACUUAGUGGGUCUUUAGUCUCUGCUUGGUCAUUCCACCUGUUUCACCCCGUCAUAGCCAGCUGGGAGGCAGACUUGACACCACAACAAGAAUACAUCUAUUCAGCUGGGCUCCUCCUAUUCUGCAGUUUCACUUUGUGAAAGGCCACAGGAGGAUACCACUUCCCUUUCGAACAUCUCUGUGGUUUGCUAAAAGGACAUCUUUAUAAACAGACGUUGCACCUGUGGUCUCUUUUUUGGAAGAAUGGAUUUCGAAUGCUGCUUCUACUGACUGAUGCCUUGUGAAGACGAUGGCUGUGUACAUACAGUCAGACAGUUGUGGAUUUCAAACAAAAAUUUGAUGCAUUUAGACAGAACAUCUAAAUAGCAAUGAAGCACUGUUCUUCUGAAAUAGCAAACAAGGAGUUGACUGUGGGAAGAUGCAGAAGGGGAGAGGAUGAGGACAAAGACACAGAUUGUUUGCAGCAGUUCCCCCACUGUCCAGCUUGUAAACAAGAUAAUGACAUCACUCUGAUCCUGCCAUGCUCUCACACCAUGUGUGGUCAGUGUGUAGCAGCUGGAGAGGGAGCGAGGCUACAUCGUCAACCCAUGUGCUCUGUGUGGUGCCCCUGUUGUCGGCAUCCUGUGGAGCUGCCGUGCUUGACCUGGUCAUCUGCCAUAUCCUGCCUCCCAAAACAUCCCAGCAUGAGAUCUAAUCAUGUCAACAGAGAGGCCUCACCUGAGGAUCAUCCGCCACAUGUGCAGGAGGACAACGGUAAAAUAACAGAUUCCAGUGCUGCCAGUUCCACAAUAAUACCAGUGGAUGGUGCUGUAGACCUACAGGAGGAGGAAAUGGAGGCUUCUGUCUUUGGACUGCAUUUUGCUCUGGAUCAUCUUGAUGCUUCAACUCCCCCACCAUCCCUCCAUCUUUCCAACUCGUCUUUAACUGUCACCUACCACGAAGAGAAUCCCCCUGUACCAGCUCCAGAAGGGAAAAUCAGAAGACCUGUGAUGACCUCUGACCCAGGGGCUCUCCAUCAUAUUCGUGCUGAUGUAAUAAUUGUACGGGGCCAGUACUACUGGGAGGUGGAAGUGUGUAAUAGCUCCAUCUACAAGAUCGGUGUGAUCUCAGUGGAUGGUUCUAAUGGCUGGUGGCUCGAAAGGCACAGCUUGACUUUUUGGGCAGUGUAUGAUGGGAACUGUGAGCUGCUUUGUACCAUCCCACCUCAAAUCAAAACCAUUGGGGUCUUCCUAAACAUUGGAGGAGGGACCCUAAGCUUCCACAACCCUCUAACCCAGGAGCAUCUUACCACACUGCCAACACGUUUCAGCACUGCUGGAGUGGUCCCAGCUCUGGGCCUGGGCCAGGGCAGACUGAGACUGCGCUGCGGCCUACCCCCGCCUGUUUACGUAUUUCUUAGUAAGAACUCAACCUACAGGGAGCCUCAUGGAAACAGCAGAAGUGAGUGGCGCCAGGAGGUUCCCUUUCAGUCGGUUAGGAAAGUGAUCCAGAAGUUUGAGAAGCUGGCACUUUCGGACUCAGACUCAGGUCUGGUGUCUAGUUUUGGAUCAUCAUGCUCCACCUUGGCUUCCUUUCCAGAUGUGGGGGUUCCUGGGACCUUUCAGUCAGGGAAAGCAGGACAGGAAACUGAGCCCUAAUAAGAACAGCUUGUGAAACCUUCUCUUCAAUGGAAGGAUAAAAAAAAAAACUCCCAUAGAUGGCCUGUGUAGUUUUAACUUUAGCUGUCAUUUGAAAGGCUAAUUUUUAAUCUUCACAGACUUUUGGAUGUGUAUGUCCACUCCCUGCGUGACCCCCGGACAAUUGACUUUCUCACCAGGAGACAACCUUUUUCUCAGCUAAACAACCCCCACAGAUUUGGCUUGGGCCAGAAAGAGUCCUCUGUGAUGUGAAGUGUGAGGAAAGGGUGGGUUUUUAGCAGCAGGACUCCUUGAUUUGUCUCUGUGUGAUGGUUGUCAGACAGUAGGGGUCCUGUGCUCAUAGUGCGCACAUUUGUUUGUGUGUGUGUGAGAGCAGAAGCACUAACUCUGAGCAUUUGCUCAGUUAGUCUUGGAUUUCAAGGUGUGUGUGUGUGUGUGUGUGUGUGUGUGUGUGUGUGUGCGUGUGUGUGUGUGUGUGUGUGUGUGUGUGUGUGUGUGUAUGUGUGCACGUGUGUGUGUGUUUGCGUGCAUAGGAAGAAACACUGUACAAGUAGCGGGGGAUUGAGAUGAUGAUGCAUGAGUACAGCGACACCAUCCGUGUUGACACAGAGCACCAAGGACAGGUGGUAUACUACGCUUAUCCUGCAGCCUGUCUUCGAUAGGACAGUAAGCCUGCCCCUUUCUGACCCUUUGAAACCCAUAGGGCCUCUAAAGACUUUAAAAGAGCAGAGAGGGAGAAAGACAAAACAGCAUGCAUGAAUUAAAGACAGCAGGUGAUGGACUGGACAAAAAGGAAUGAGCUCAGAGAGUGAUUCCCAUCUGCUUUUACUUCCAAGAAAUCCUAAUGGAUCAAAUGGCUCAGACCAUAUUUUUAAGGCAGCAAAGUGUGUACACAGUGAAAGCACAGUAUAUUAAAAGAGUGGCAUACUUUUUUACAUUGCCAAUUGGUUCAUUGAACUUUAAGAAGAAUCAAACAGGGAAAUCAAUUAAAUGAAAACAAUCUUUAUUCAACACUUUGUAAUUACAGUGUCAAAUCUUCAUUAAAACUUGACAAGACUUUAAGACAAAGGCAUAAAGUCUUCUCACACAGAGUCCACACUGAGGAAUGUUUACUGCAUUUUUUUAAAUAAAAACCAAACUUUACUGGAACGUCUUUUGAACUAAAAGACUGGCUAUAAAAUACUUUAUAUUAAUUACACAAUUACUGCAUUCACAAGUCUAAUGACUACUUUAUGUGCUGUGCCGGCUCAGCGUUCACAAUAAAGUGGUUUCUAUUUGUGCUGUGCACUCACUGAAAUCAAAGUUAUUUUGUUUGCAAAUAUCUGGAUGUGCAUGUUAAGCCGUCUGAGAUAUUAUAAGACAGAUGUGGCACACACAAAAAUUUGGAAGACAAAUCUAUUGAAGAAAUGGCACAGUUGGCAUCUGUCUCGCCUCUCCACUGAUACAUGUGCACAGUAAAGAUUCAAUUCAGUUUACUUUCAUUUACAUAGCGCCAAAUCACAACAGCUGUCACCUCAAAGCGCUUUAUAUUGUAAGGUGAAGAUCCCACAAUAAUACAGCGAAAACAUCAGCAAUCAAGGAUUUUUUAGUACAUCCUGGGGAUAAUGAAUUACAAGAAUACAGCUUAGAAGCAAUAAAUGCAUGGACUAGUUUUUUUGGCAUCACUCUGAGACAGGAUAUGUUUAAUUUUAGAGAUAUUGUGCAAAUCGAAGAAAACAGUCCUACAGAUUUGUUUAAUAUGAGCACUGAAGUACGUGUCCUGGUCAAAAACAACUCCAAGAGUCCUCAUAGUGUGAUUGGAUCCCAAGGUAAUGCCAACAAGAUUCACAAUUGUUUUACUGUAAGGCAUGGGACAAAAACUUAAAAAAUAUAUUCAAAAAUAAAAAUCAUUCAGUUGGAUCUGUCCUUAGUAUCUUUAGUUGGUUUAGAAGUUAUCUGGGAGACAACAAUACAUGUUGGUCAAUCCUGAUUUGUGCCCAGACGACCUAGACCCAGUUUUGCUGCUGAGUGCUUUAGGUUUUCUCCUGAAAUCUUCACAUAUCCUUUUAUAUAUUCAUGAUUCAUCCACCUUAGUGUGAUUUCCACUUCCGGACAUACUGCAGCAUACUCCCACCACCGUGCUUCACUGUGGGGCACACUGAUCUUUGGCUUGUAUGUCUCUCAUCUUUCUCAGCAGUGUUUCUGUGGCCAAAAGAUCUCUAGUUUCAUCUCAUAAUUUCAUCUUUUCGGUAGAAGUGGAAUUUUUUUGGUCUUAAUCCCCACUAUCCAUUCCUGUGCAAGUUUCCAGUAAUUGUUUUCUUUAAGUCUACAAUUCUUGACUUGGCCAAGUCAUUGUGUCCUGACAAUUGUUCUGGGUCUUUAGACAAAUCUCUCACUUUUUUUCAUACUCUUUCUCUAUUGAAAUCUUUCACUUCCUACCUCUGCCAGGCCUGUAUCCUGCUAAAAAGUAUACUAACAGAAAGUAUCUGACUUGACACAAGAAUAAAGCAAAAAUAUUAGUAACAAUCUGUGAAUCUGCAUCCAACAAGACCCAAGCCUGUGCUGCAGAAAAGCAUCAUAAGAACAGUUUAAAAACAGUUUAAAAUACUUAAGAAAGAGGGAAGGCAGAAGAAGACACCAAACUAUGAUACUAGAUGGCCAUGUUACACACGUCAGUGUGAAACCAUUCUGAGCCAUAAGUGUGUUCAUUCUUUGAACAGAAACAGCUAUUUGCUCAUUUCGGUGUUAUUGGUGUUUAAAUUCAUUUUAAUCUGCAGAUUAAAGAAAAAAAAACUUUAAAGUUGUGUUUUUUGGACAUUUCAUGCUUUUUUAGGUCUCUGGCUCCACUUGGUUUCACUAAUGGCCUCACCACACUAAUAACAUACUAUAUUUUGCACAGUAUACAAUUAAAGUGGUACUGUUUUUGCCAUUUUAUUUGUCAAAUCUGUAUUAUUUGGGGGUGUUUUAAAAAUGUUUUUAUUCCUUUCGUUGCACCUCCCUUUUUUUCAUUUUUUCUUUCUUUUUUUUGUUGUUGCUCCAAACACUUCUGGAUUUGUAAGUUUGGGAAAGAUUCAUUUUGUGAUUCUCUGGCAAAGAAAAUAAUGAAAGCAUAAACUUUCCUUCAUUUUCUCCUCAAUCUUCAGGGCUCCAAGCCCCGCUGGAAGAACCACUGGUGCCGAGGACUAUUUAUUCUUGGCUCGGCUGAUAUUCACAUUCAUUCUUGACCACUUGACUUGUGAUUAAGCAAUAAAGCCUUAUGAGCAACUCCCUCCUGUACCAUCCUCUCCUCCCUGCCUGUCUUCAGCGAUUGUUUGCCUUUUCUUUCCUAUUCCAUUGUCUUCCAAUGUUCAGUCAGACCACCCAAACAGUAAAUCUCAUUGAAAAAGAAACAUCCUUGCAAUUAAAACAAGCAUCAACCAGCAGAAGUUCUUCAGGGGCACUUUUGAAGAGGAGGAGGAGUAGCAGUGGAACUUGGGCCAACUUUCCAUUGAGCAUCAUUCAUUUCAUGCAAGCACGAAAUCAGUUAAGCAGCAGGUCAGACUCUGUAAUAACUGAUGAGUCAGGAGAAGCUUGUUAGACUGUCGCCUCUCAGACCACUCAUCAGGAUGACUGCGUGUUGAUGUUUAACGGUGGAGGUAUUUACCGCGCGAGUAAAAAAUGCAUGUGCCGUGACCGCUUUUGGCACAGCUCGCUCUCUCCUUCUCUCUCCCCUCUGCACAUCUAUCGACUUUUACAAAUAAAGUGUGUGGAAGCAAUUUGACUCUUGUAAACAGAAAUGAGACCGAGUGAUGCAGAUUUCAAAGGGCCGACAGGAGAGAGCGGGGAGGGUGGGAAGGGAGUCUGCCAGGAAGGAUGGAUAACGUGUCGUGCCAUGUGUGCACAUUUGGCAAUGU